GCAGCGUCCUGGCUGGCUGGAACGGCGGAGCAGACUGAAGUGAGCGUCCUGAAAUGCGCGCAGGCUGAAGGACGAGCCGCAUCGCUCCGUGUGCGGACACCGAUCACUCUCACACCGGCUUCAUGCAGCGCGUGGACGGCGUGGACAGAGGUUAAGAGCUCAGCGGGAAAAGCCAGGCGCACUUUUCUAUUCAGAGCGGCCGCUGAAUGCUGAAUGCUGGCUUUUUUAGACUGUCUUCUCCCCUCCGGUGAUGAAUGACGAGGCUCAUCCAUUUCUCUCUUGAGGCAAGGCCGACCUGACUAAUCAUCCAAGGUGUCAAGCUGGUACCAGUCCGAUGUCCUCUUCCCCCACAGUGUGAUGUGCCAUGGCUCCGGUGCUGAGUGGAGUGUGGUGGGGGCCGGACGCAGGCGUCGUCGGGUCGGGGACGGCAGCUUCUACUGGUGUGGCCUCGUGGCUGGGGAGCGGGCAGCUGAUCUUGAUCGUCACCCUCAGCAUCCUCACCGCUUUGCUGCUGGUGUCGGUGCUGCUGCUGCUCUGCGCUAGCUGCCAGGGGCAGAAGAAAGCGGUGAAUGGACACCCAGCGGGAGAUCAUCAGAGCCUCGUGAAUGGAGUUUCAGAGAGAGACGUCAGCCAAUCAGCAGACAGUCCAGCGACUGAUGCGGCGGUCAGCACCUCUCACAAUGGGCCUCUCACCAGCGGUACAAUUCUCACGGACACACAGGACACCAGUCCCCAGUUGUCAGAGGAGAUGCUCUCCAGCCAAUCAGAGCUCAGGUCCUCCAAGUGCCCUCAGGACCGUGAGCUUCCCAGCAUCCCUCCCAACAACGCCCUUAUCGGGAACGGACCCCCACCCUCAGGAGACAGCACGUAUGAGGUGGUGAAGGAAAUGGCCGUGGCCUCACGUGACGUCAGUGCCGAUGAAUCCCUGUACGAGACGGUCAAGGAGCUCAAAGACCCUCCUGCAGAGGCUGGCCUCCCAAACGGUACCAUCCAGCCGAGUCCAGACGAACCUCCGCCUCAUCCUCCCGCUCUUCUUAACGGCCACGUCAGCCCAAACACACCUGAGCGGGGGCCCAUCUUCGCCGGGGCGGAGUACGCCUCUGUCAACCUGAAUAAGAAGAGCCGUCACAGCGCAGACAUGGAGGCCAAAAGGCGCUCUGGUAAUGCUGCCGUUCCUCAACAAAAGCCUCGGGAGGAGCCAGAGGAGGAUUUACCGCCACCGGUACCGGAGAAGGUUCUGGAUGAAAAUGACAACCAGCCAGCACUGAUGAUGAAUGGGCUCGCAGAGGCUGGACUGCACAAUGGAGAGUUACACUCCCCUCCGUCUCCUGCACCGAAGUUCGACAACCACGUUCUGUCAGACAAUGAGUCAGCGGUGUACUCCACAGUCAACAAAACAAACUGUGACGACGCUGUUAACGAGGAGGACAAAGAGCACGACUACAGCAGCAUAGCGGAGAUUAAAGGUCUGGUCCCGGCCUCCUCCUCCGGUGACCUCUACGCCACCGUUCGAGAUAUCUACAGCCAACCCGAUGAGCCCGGCCCCGCCGACAGCACAGACCCAGGCUACGAAACCAUCCGCAUCCCAAAGACUAAUAGCUCAGAGGAUGAGCACCGGGCCGAGGGGUCAGACGUGGGCAAGGCGGAGCCCGACUAUGAAAGCGUCGGAGAGCUGGGUCUGGGCCCAGAAAUGUCCCGCCUUUAAGUCGUCGUCCCCGCUCCCCUCCUCAUAUCGCCUGGAUGCAUCUAACAGACUUCGCUGCAGUGCUUUAAGCUUGCUAUCAAGGAUGCUUUGGGCGCAUGACUUGUGAACAGAAAACAGCUCGCCACAGCAUCCACCCAGCCGUGCACGAGCAUCCUCCUUACAGCCUGGGUACGGUUUAUCAUAUCCAAACUUGACUCCUUUAGUUCAUCAAUCAUGGUGAAUGUCAUCGGUACUGGUGGGCCUUAACAACACUUGAUUGUGGAAGAAAAAUAUUCAAUAGUUAAACUACCAAAUAAAUAUCCAAUCGCAACACUCAUGCAGCAUUUUAAUAGUUAGCUAACGACACUAUCUAAAAAAAAGAAAAAAAUACCAGUAAUUCAGUGCCAUAAAGUGAUGGUGAAAUUCAUGCACUUACACACGUGAAGGUUAUAUUAUUUGUGUGCUCCCUCUGCAGCUGCUAGUCUUUCUAGUUUCUUCCGAGUGACUCAGUGUCAUGUUUUAUUGAGGUGUCAGGUGGUGUAUUUUUAGGCUUUUUUCCUGUCAGGUCGGCAACACCUCCACUGUGCAUUCGCCACAAGAAAUUAGGUUUCUCCCACCCCUCUCAGUUUUGCUGCCAAACGGUUAGCAGAGACAGAGGUUGCAUUCAGUAGAUUUUCACCAUUUAACACAGCUGAUGAAUUCCCUGCCGCGCACACGUGUCAUUGCUCAGACUACACGGCGCAUAUGUGUGGGCUUAGCGUGUUGCAGGUUGACGGUAGUCAUCUGUGGAGAGCCAAAAAAACGGAAAACGAGGAGUGAAGGAAGAAGGGAAUUGUUGCAACACGUUUUUAAAGCUUUUUUUUUGUUGUUCUUUUAGAAGAGCUACAGUCAAUGUCAAAGGGUUUUUUUUGUGAAUUUCAUAUUUAUUUGAAGACGAUUAUUGUUGUGUAAUUGUGAAAUGUUAAAGUAUGUCUGUGACAGAAAAAAGCGAAUAGGCAUUUAUAAAAAAAAUAAAAUUUCUAGCGUUUUUACUGAGAUACUAAAUGAAAGUGAUUUGCGAGGAUUGUGGCAGUUAGGUACGUGUUCCCCCCCAGAGCAUUUAAAGAGUUCAUUGUUUUUAAAAAAACAACAAAAAAAUGAAAGAAAGAAAGAAAAAUGAAUGUGUCGGUGUAUAUUGUCAUUUUGCACACUUUGGUCAAACAAGUUCAGAUGACAUAUUGUGAUGAAAUGACGCGACGAGCUUAUAUUAUUGUACUUUGUAUGUUUCCUCGAGUCUAUUCUUGGUACAGCCUUCUGUCGGCAUUAAAGCACAAGUACAGAUUAUCGAAAGCAGUUAACAUCGCUGCACACUUUUCAACAUCUAACGCUUUUUUUUUUCUUUUAAAUACAGGACCAUACCUGUCUCUAUGUAGCUUGAACUGACGACAGUGCCAAUCGAAGCUUGUAGUUAGAGGAGUAUUUUAAUCAACUGUUACUCGCUGGAAAUUUAAUGUGAGCUUUUACUUAUUUGUACAAUGUCCAGAGUCAUAUAGUUUUAAAAUAAGAUUAAAGGCACUGAUUGUAUGACUUGUUUUAAGAAAAAAAAAACCCCCAACUUCAACCAUGUUUUCAUGUUAUUUUAACUCAAAGUUGAUGGCGUUUCAUAUCUGAGAAUAUCCAUUUAAAUGCCAGACAUAUGGUACAGCUCCUUUUGGUACAUGCAUAUUAAGAAACCUGUGGUACUUUUAUUAAACACAAAAAAGAAAUUGCCUCGUUACUGUUUAUUUUUAAAUGAAUACUGCCUCUGCUUUGUGCUGUAAAUAUCUUUUUUUGUCAUCAUUAUUAUUUUUAUCAUUGCUACAGUAUGUAACCUCUUUGCAGAAAAAUCGGUGUCAUCUGUUUCCACCCACAUCAGAAUAUUACAGCGUUACAGUAUCUCCAGCUUCGGGUUUGUGUUUCAUUAGACAUGCUGGAGCUCGCCCGUGGUUUCACACAAACGCGGCCGGCCUGCUCUGACUGCUAUGGGAUUAAUAAAUUAUAUACAUUUGAAA